AUGACAACAGUAAGCAAUGAAAAGGACAGCGCUCUCUUGCAGCUCCAGCUUCAGCGUGGACGAGCAUCACUACAAGACGCCGCCACAUUGGGAGCACAGCUGCAGUCCAUGGCAAGGGCCCCAAACGACAAUGACUCUCCUCCCACCGCCAUGGCUCAGCCUCGCUACGCCGCAGAACAGGAUCGCCACGUGUUUCGAAAUACCUCCAAGCCAGGCUAUGAUCCCAAUGGUCCGCAGCCAGGAGCCUUCCCGCAACCUGUACAAGAAGCGAAUGUUGUUGUCUUAGCGCCUCCGCCGCCACCAACUACGUCAGAAGGAAAUAUUGGAGAUGACGAUCAUCUGGAGGACGCACUGCCAGACGAACAACCCCUGCCUCCCAAUGAUGAAUGGUGGAAGAAAUAUUCGCUGCUGCAAGAUCUGGAACGGUGGCACGUGAUUUGUAUUGGUGUUACCACUCUUAUCCUUCUGAUUCUCGUGGUGAGCAUGUCCGUGGCACUGGGUAUCACUGAAAAUAAUAAUCAAGAGACUACUAUUAUUACUACAAGGCCAAAACAGCGUCCCGCGCCUACACAACCAAUGGUUCCCACAACACCUAAAACCUCUUUCCCAUCCAUUUCCAGUCAACCCUCCGCGCCCCCAACACCACAACCAUCCAACGCCCCAAGCAAGUCCAGCGUUCCCUCCAUGAGUCCUUCCAUAUCCAAUGCUCCCACCCUGUCUCCGUCUCAGGCACCCACCUCGGUCAGACGCAUGGAAAUCAUGAAUAGUCUUCCCAUGGAAACGCGGCUCCGAAUUGAUGCCGACAGCAAUUCUCCGCAAGCCAAAGCACUGCAAUUUGUGGUGGAUGGUCACAGUGCGUAUCCCGAGUGGAGAGUCAUACAACGAUUUGCCUUGGCCACAGUGUAUUACGCCACCAACGGAGACGAAUGGAACGACAAUCGAUCUUGGCUCCAUCCCAACUCACACGAGUGUGGAUGGCAGCACGUGCAACGAGUGGGGUCUUCCGGCCCGUGUGGCUCCGCCACCUACUUUACGCUCAAUGAGGGAGUCUACGAAAGCUUGUCACUCUACGACAAUAAUCUGGUGGGAACGUUGCCUCCCGAACUGUUCAUGCUGUUAACGUCCCUGAAGCACGUGGAUCUCGGAGUCAAUAAACUGGAGGGACCUCUGUCACCAUUGCCGCUGUCAGGACUGAAAAACUUGGAACGGUUGAAUCUGGAAAACAAUGCCAUGGAAGGGAAAUUGCCGGCCGAAAUUGGUUUCUUGACCCAACUCACGUGGCUUUCGUUAAGCAGCAACCGACUCAAGUCGUCCAUUCCCUCUGAAGUGGGACAGCUGUCCCGGUUGACGCGCCUCUCCCUCAGUAUCAACAAUUUUGACAGAACCAUCCCGUCCGAACUGGCAAGGUUGGAUCGACUGGAAUCGUUGUUUCUCGAUCGGAACCGCCUCAUCGGGUCGAUUCCGCAAGAACUCGAGGUAUUGGCGGUCAAUGGUUCCUUGGUGACCUUCACGCUGGACUGGAAUUCAUUCCACGGAGUUGUCCCAUACGAUCUCUGUGGCCUGGGGUUGGGUCUGGUGUUUGAUUGUAGUAGUACCGGUAGUAGUAGUGACGGGCUAUGUGGGUGCACCGAUUGCCCGUGCGCCGAUCCAUGA